UCAAAGCACAUCCAAACUUUUUUUUAAGCCACCUGGUUAGGUACUUUUCAAAAAUGUCCUCACCAACCCCAAUCCAACCCUUCCAAUACCACCCUAUCUCUUUCGUCUCCCCAAUCAGCGACACAACACACACACAGACCUCCCCGCAUACAUCCCGCCUGCGCCGCCUCUCGACGUAUCUCAAAAAUGCAGUCACGCUUGAAGAUACGGCGACGGCGUGGCGCCGCGAAUCGGUCAUUAGCGACCAGGGAAAUAUGCAGCAAGAGAUCUCGCGGCGCAGCUCUACGAGCGAGCAGGAGAAUAGCGCAUUGUUGGCGUGGAGGAGGGGGAGUGAGGAGGGGUUUUGGAAGAAGUAUGGGAUGGAGGGGAGGAGGAAGAGUAGUGUGAAUGGGGAGGGGGAGAGGGAGAGGAGGCUGAGUUUGGGGAGGGCGGGAGGGAAAGGGAAGUGGAGGAAGAUGAGUUGGGUGGGAAGGGAAUGAGUAGGAGGGAGGAUGGUGAGGGUGAGGUAGAAAAGUUUUGCUUUUUGAAGUAUUGAUAGAGGAUGAAGAAUGAUAAAUGCAAACCGCUUCAGAGGGUCUCUGAGAA